CGCUCAACACGCGCAGCCGGUUUCCAAAGUGAGCCACGUCGUCAGCGCAUCCAUCACGCUUCACACAUCCCCUCGACCGACUGUCGGCAUUCGCAUCGGCCAAGCAUAAUAAGCAUGUCUUCAUACGGUGGUGGCUACUCCCGCGGUGGCGGCGGGUACUCUAGCGGCUACGACCGCAACGGUGGAGGUUAUUCCAAUGGAUACUCUGGCUCUAAUGGUUACUCUGGCGGCGGCGGAUAUAGUGGUGGAGGUUAUGGUGGCGGCUACGGUGGUGGCGGCUAUGGCGGGGGCUACGGCGGCGGCGGCGAUCGCAUGUCGAAUCUUGGUGCAGGCCUGCAGAAGCAGCACUGGGACUUGGACGCGCUUCCCAAGUUCGAAAAGUCGUUCUAUCGGGAGCACCCCAACGUCGCCGCCCGCUCGGCCGCCGAGGUCGAAAAGUUCCGCCGCGACCACGCCAUCACGGUGUCUGGACGCGACGUCCCUAAGCCGGUUGAGACUUUCGAUGAGGCCGGCUUCCCCCGCUAUGUCAUGGAUGAGGUCAAGGCUCAGGGUUUCCCUGCUCCCACGGCUAUCCAGGCCCAGGGCUGGCCCAUGGCGCUCUCUGGACGCGACGUCGUUGGUAUUGCCGAGACGGGCUCCGGCAAGACUUUGACCUACUGUCUCCCUGCCAUUGUUCACAUCAACGCUCAACCUCUGCUCGCUCCCGGCGACGGCCCGAUCGUCUUGGUCCUCGCUCCCACUCGUGAGCUGGCCGUCCAGAUCCAACAGGAAAUCACCAAGUUUGGCAAAUCUUCGAGAAUCCGCAAUACCUGCGUUUACGGCGGUGUCCCCAAGGGCCCUCAAAUCCGGGAUCUCCAGCGCGGCGUCGAAGUGUGCAUCGCUACACCGGGCCGUCUGAUCGACAUGCUGGAAUCCGGUAAGACCAACCUCCGUCGCGUUACCUACCUGGUUCUGGACGAGGCCGACCGCAUGCUCGACAUGGGUUUCGAGCCCCAGAUUCGCAAGAUUGUCAGCCAGAUUCGGCCCGAUCGCCAGACUUGCAUGUGGUCUGCCACUUGGCCCAAGGAAGUCCGCGCUCUUGCUGCCGACUUCCUGACCGAUUUCAUUCAGGUCAACAUCGGUUCUAUGGACCUAGCGGCCAACCACCGCAUCACUCAGAUCGUCGAGGUCGUUUCCGAGAGCGAGAAGCGCGACAGGAUGAUUAAGCACCUCGAGAAGAUCAUGGAAGACAAGGAGACUCAGAACAAGGUCCUCAUCUUCACCGGAACCAAGCGUGUGGCCGACGAUAUCACCCGUUUCCUCCGUCAAGACGGCUGGCCGGCACUUUCGAUUCACGGCGAUAAGCAGCAAAACGAGCGUGACUGGGUCCUGGAUCAGUUCAAGACGGGCAAGAGCCCCAUCAUGGUUGCUACCGACGUUGCGUCGCGCGGUAUCGAUGUGCGCAACAUUACCCAUGUGCUCAACUAUGACUAUCCCAACAACUCGGAGGAUUACAUCCACCGUAUUGGUAGAACUGGCCGUGCCGGCGCUAAAGGCAUAGCCAUCACCUUCUUCACCACUGACAAUGCUAAGCAGGCUCGCGACCUCGUGAGUGUUCUUCAGGAGGCCAAGCAGCACAUUGACCCUCGCCUCGCCGAGAUGGCUCGAUAUGGUGGGGGUGGGAGCAGCCGAUAUGGCGGCUACCGGGGCCGCGGCGGUGGUGGAUACCGUGGCGGCCGUUCUCAAGGCAUCAACGGGCCUAACGCGAUGCCUAUCGGCAACCGCCGGUGGUAAAGCAAGUCAAAACAGCUGAGAGGUGCCGUAAGCGUUCGGCACGAUCCAGAUCUCUCGUGGCUGGUUUCUCGACCAGUGGCAUUGGGCAUUCGGUCACCACGGCGUUUC